CAAGUUCAGUGCCAUGAACCUUUCUGGUUGACUUCCAUGGAGGGAGGCUGGAAUGAGCUUUGUCCUGGGGUGACACUCUUCCUUGUCACUGAUUAACCAGCUUUGUAGGAAGGCUGCUGCACUGACAACCUGCUCUGCCUGGAGAGUGAUACCUGGCCAGACUUUGGCGAGCAGAAAAAAUGUCUACUCGCUACCACCAAGCUGCUAGUGAUAGCUACCUGGAACUUUUGAAAGAGGCUACCAAGAGAGAUCUGAAUCUUGCUGAUGAAGAUGGCAUGACUCCCACACUCCUGGCAGCCUACCAUGGGAAUCUGGAAGCCCUAGAAAUCAUCUGCAGCCGAGGAGGGGACCCCAAUAGAUGCGACAUCUGGGGAAAUACUCCUCUGCAUUAUGCAGCCUCCAAUGGUCAUACCCACUGUGUUUCAUUCCUGGUCAACUUUGGUGCCAACAUCUUUGCCCUGGACAACAACUUACAGUCUCCACUGGAUGCUGCUGCCAGCAGAGAGCAAAAUGAAUGUGUUGCUCUCCUGGAUAAGGCUGCCACUGCCCAGAAUAUCAUGAACCCCAAAAAAGUUAUCAGGCUGAAGGAGCAGGCUCAGAAGAAUGCUAGGAGGCAGAUCAAAGAAUGUGAGAAGCUCCAGGAGAAGCACCAAAAUAAGAUGGCUCGCAACUAUAGCAAGGAGGAAUCUGGGACUCUUUCUUCUUCCAAGGGCACUUUCUCCACGUCAUCCCUUUCAAAUGCUUCUGCUUCUGGUACAUUUGGGUCACUGUCUAAGGGCAUUAAAGACACCUUCAAGAUAAAGUUCAAGAAGAACAAAGAUACAGCGGAGCAGGUAGGAAAGGAGAGCAGAAGUGGGCAGAGGAAUGUGAUGGAAGUAUUCAGAGAAGAGGAAGAAGACGCAUCCUCAGGGAACUUCCAAGAUAAGCUCCAGUUCUCAGAAGAGGAGAAUGGAUGUGUGCAACAUGAAUCCAUUCUCAACCGUCCAGGUCUCGGAAAUAUUGUUUUUAGAAGGAACAAAAUAUCAAGUUCCGAAGACAUCUCAGACAGCAAGAGGGAGUUAGGGCUUAAAAUGAGCAGUGAAUUGCUACAGAGACAAGGAGCAGCAGACGCUGAUGAAGCUGAGGCUGAUAAAGAGGAAGAGGACAACAGCCAUGAAGAUGAGAUGCCUUGGGAUGAGGAUGAAGUGGAGUGGGAGGAAGAUGUGGUUGAUGCUACUCCUCUGGAAGUAUUUUUGCAGUCUCAUCAUCUGGGAGAAUUCCUUCCCAUUUUCAUGAGAGAGCAGAUUGAUCUAGAAGCUCUGUUGCUUUGCUCUGAUGAGGACCUUCAGAGUAUACAAAUGCAGCUCGGUCCCAGGAAGAAAGUUCUUAAUGCCAUAAACAGAAGGAAGCAGGUGCUACAGCAGCCUGGGCAACUGGUCGACACCAGCCUCUGAUGGAAUGUUGGGGUCCACAGGGUGAGCCUGCAGCAGCGGGGUGAUGCUGUGGCCCACUGGAAACACUCAGGCAACACCCCCUCUGCCCAAUGCCAGACCACCAGGAAUGGUUUCUAGGGAUUCAGAGAUACCCUCCUAAGAAAGAGGCCCAAACUGUACUCUGAGAAAUACUCUAUACCUGUGUACUCUGACCACCAGUGAGCAACUCAAGGAGACCUGGGAAUAAGAAAAUGGUGUUUCUCUUCAAUUAUCUUUUUGAUAUUUUUGUAUAUAGAAAGGGUUAAAUGGAUGACAGAGAAAGGAAAAACUUUCUUUACUUUUCCAGCUCUGGACUUAAAAAUUAUAAUCUCUCAUCACACAAGUGUGCUGUGUACUUCUGAUUCUCAAAGCCUGAGGACACCCAACUCCAGUUCUGUCCUUAGCUCUAUGACUUUGUCUGUUGGUGGAGACUUGAGUUCCUCCAUUGGCCUGAGACUUCAUGCCCAACUUAAAUGUGCCUAACCCCUUAACAGAUGUUUACAUGUUUACAAGUAAUGGACAUGGGUCUAUAAUACUCCUGCCUGGGAACUGAGAUAGAGUGGCAAGUAGGGAGAGUGAAGAAAGAAAUAGAAUACGGGGUACCUUUUAUAUAAUUUGAAUUGUAUCUCCCCCAAAUUCAUAUGUUGAAACCUUAAGCCCCAAUGUAACUGUAUUUGGAGGUAGGACCUUUAAAGAGGUGAUUAAGGUUAAAUGAUGUUAUAAGGGUCAUAAGGGACACAAAUGGAUGGUGUCCUUGUAAGAGGAAGAGUCACCGGGGAUGCACAUGCACAGAGAAAAGGUCAUGUGAGGAUACAGCAAGAAGACAGCCACCUGCAAGCCAAAGAGAGAGGCUUCAGGAAAAACCAAACCUUUCAACACCUUGAUCUUGCACUUCCAGCCUUCAGAGCUGUAAGAAAAUAAAUUUCUGUUGUGUAGGCCUCCCAGUCUCUGGUAUUUUGUUAUGGCAGUCUUAGCAGUCUAACAUAAUGCUGAAGCAAGAGGGUAAGAAUGGAGAGAAAAGGGACACCUGGGUGGCUCA